AUGUCGUACGGCGGUGGCGGGUACUCGGGCGAUCGCAUGGGUGCCCUCGGCGCAAACCUCCGCGACGUGAAUUGGAAGGAGGUGCAGGUGGUGGCGUCGCAGUGGAACUACUACAAGCCGCAGGCGAAGCGCAGCGAUGAGGAGAUCGCGCAGUGGCUGCGCGAGAAUCGCAUCACCAUCUACGGCGACAGUGUGCCGCAGCCGAUGCUCGUCUUCUCCGACCUCGUAGCACCGGACGCGAUCCACCAGGCGUUCAUUGACCUUGGCUACGCCUCCCCGACGCCGAUCCAGUCCAUCGCGUGGCCAAUCCUUCUCAACUCGCGCGACCUCGUCGGCGUCGCCAAGACGGGGUCCGGCAAGACGAUGGCGUUCAUGGUGCCCGCCGCGCUGCACAUCAUGGCGCAGCCGCCCAUCCGCCCCGGCGACGGCCCCAUUGCGCUCGUGCUCGCCCCGACCCGCGAGCUCGCUGUGCAGAUCGAAGAGGAGACGCGAAAGGUGCUGCGGCGCGCGCCGAGCAUCACGACAACGUGCCUGUACGGCGGCACGCCGAAGGGGCCGCAGAUUCGCACGCUCCGCGCUGGCGUGCACGUCGCCAUCGCGACGCCGGGGCGGCUGAUCGAUCUGCUCGAGAUGCACGCCACCAACCUCCUGCGCGUCACCUACCUCGUGCUUGACGAGGCGGACCGCAUGCUGGACAUGGGGUUCGAAGUGCAGAUCCGCAAGAUUUGCUCGCAGAUACGCUCCGACAGGCAGACGCUUAUGUUCUCCGCCACGUGGCCGCAGGAGAUUCGCAACCUUGCGGCAAGUUUUCAGCGCGACUUCAUCCGCGUGCACGUUGGCUCAGAGGACCUCGUCGCCAACAACGAUGUCUGCCAGCACGUCAUAGCGGUUGAGGAGUACGACAAGCAGCGCCGCCUGGAGGAAAUUCUACAGAAGCUCGGCCAGCAGCGAGUGCUCAUCUUUGUCAAGACCAAGCGAACCGCUGACUCUCUGCAUUCCUCGCUGCGGCGCUUCCUUGGUGGCGCGGUGAUGGCUAUCCACGGCGACAAAGAGCAGUCGCAGCGUGACUACGUGCUUGACCGGUUCCGCCGCGACGACCGCUCAGUGCUUGUCGCGACCGAUGUGGCCGCGCGUGGACUAGACAUUAAGAGUUUGGACGUGGUAAUUAACUUCGACAUGCCGACUAACAUUGAGGAUUAUGUGCACCGUAUUGGUAUGUGA